AUGUUGAUGCGAUCGAAAGAAGAAAGUGUUAAGGCCAACUUCGAACAGUAUGGCACGGACCGAUAUUAUUUAAGCGGUAUCCUGGCCGAUGCUUGCUGGCAUGAUUUGUGGGCAAGGCCUGUCUUCAACGCUAUUGUUACAGAUCCGCCCUACGGUAUACGUGAAAAAGGACGCAAGAUUGGAAAGAAGCCAAGAAAGGAACACUGGACUUUGGACGGCAGUGAACAUGAGUACCAUUUCCCGGAAAAACAGCCGUACUCCUUGGAGAAGACAUUCACUGAUUUAUGUGAUCUCGCUGCCAAGACACUUCUUAUUGGAGGAAAACUGUCCUUCUGGUUUCCUGUCAUUCUUGAAAGUUACUCAGAAGAAUGUCUCCCCGUUCAUCCGGCUCUGCGCCUUGUCGCAAACUGUGAGCAACGGCUUUCUCGGAAGACUAGCAGGCGACUAUUAGUGUACCAGAAAUUUCGUGAGCCAGAGUCAGGGGAACAGUCCUGGUAUCCUGCAAAUCAAUAUGAGAAUAAAAGUUUCCGGGAUAUCACCUUUGAACCGAAACGGAUAUUUUAG